GAUCAUCUCUUGUAGUAGGAGUAUUGUUUUAUAAUCCUUCAAUUCUUGUCCAGUCUCAUUAAUCUAUCUAAGAUCUCAUCUGACACCAAUCCAGGAAAGAUUUUCUGCCCAGAAAUUCCAAAAAGUCCAGUGUUCUUUUCUUUCCUUAUCCUCUACUCAUCCCCUCUGAUCCAGGAACAAAGUCUGUCAUAAUCGAAUCUUAAAUGGGUUUUACAGCUAAGAUGUCGUUGAAAGGUGACACAACCAUGGAAGGUCCACAGAAAUUGAACCCAGGUUCAAGGGGCGUACACGUGAGCUGCUAAGUGGUCGCACAGAGAUGAUUAAACCUUGUUGGAAACCAUCUGUUGAGGGUGAUGGAAGUAGGCGAGGUGCGGAUUCAAACGGCAGAUUCGAUGGGUUGCUGUGGUAUAAGGAUUUGGGUUCCCAUGUGAAUGGAGAAUUUUCGAUGGCUGUAGUUCAAGCUAAUGGCUUGUUGGAGGACCAGUGCCAACUUGAAUCAGGAUCAUUGAGUUCCCUCACCUCAGGGCCUCGUGGAACGUUCAUCGGAGUCUAUGAUGGGCAUGGAGGACCAGAGACGGCCCGCUUUAUCAAUGACAAUCUUUUCCACAAUUUGAAGAAAUUUGCCACUGAGCAUCAAGAAGUAUCUGCAGAUGUCAUAAAGAAGGCUUUUUUGGCAACUGAAGAGGAAUUCCUUUCUAGUGUAAAGCAGCAAUGGCUGGAAAACCCACAGCUUGCAUCAGUUGGAUCGUGUUGUUUGGUUGGGGUAAUAUGUGACGGCCUCCUAUACGUUGCCAAUGCUGGAGACUCCCGUGUGGUACUGGGAAGAACAGAGAAGACAGUUAGAGGAGUCACAGCUAUACAGUUGUCAACAGAGCAUAAUGCUAGUAUUCAGUCUGUGAGGGAUGAACUUCAGUUAUUGCAUCCAGAUGAUUCACAGAUCGUGGUUCUAAAACACAAAGUUUGGCGUGUAAAGGGGCUCAUACAGGUUUCCAGAUCAAUUGGUGAUGCCUAUCUUAAGAAGCCAGAAUUUAACAAAGAACCACUACUUGCCAAAUUCAGGCUACCAGAACCAUUUUCCAGACCAAUCCUCAGUCCUGAGCCAUCAAUAUUUAUCCACAGACUCAACGCCAAGGAUCAGUUUCUCAUUUUUGGUUCAGAUGGUUUGUGGGAGCAUCUUAGCAAUCAGGAAGCAGUAGACCUUGUCCACAGCUAUCCUCGCAAUGGCAUUGCUAAGAGACUUAUUAAAGCUGCACUCAAGUUGGCGGCCAAGAAAAGAGAAAUGAGAUAUUCUGACCUGAAGAAAAUUGACCGAGGUGUUAGGAGACAUUUUCAUGAUGAUAUCACGGUUCUGGUUGUGUUUCUAGAUCCACCUUCUAUGAGUUGGAUCUAUUCUCGUAGUUCAACUGUUUCGAUAAGAGGAAGUGGAGGUGUAUUUUCCCAUGCUAAGUCCUAGUCUUUUUAACAUUUUCUGAUUUUGUACUGCAGCUCUUUCUUCCCUUUUAACAAAUACGGAGGGAUACCCAUCUGCUUGGGCAUCAUCAUAAUUUUGGGUCUAGUUUUAGUUUUAGUUUUGUUUUUUCCACUCUUCUGUUUAUGGAAUUCCCUCAGUCGUUAGCGUUAAGAGUACCGACGGAUGAUAAAGGGAGUAGUGCCUUUUUUCCAGAAAUGUGAUGCAUCGAUGCAUGUUAUUCCUCCACAUUUUGGUCGAACUGCAACGAGGUGACAGAAUACAACUGAAGCAGUGGCUACCACCAUGAUGACAUGUUCACGUGAAAUUCCCCGGCAAAGCUUGUAAAUGUGCAAUUUCUGCCCAUCCUUCCCUCUGUCUAGUAUUGUCUCUCGACAUUCGUCCCCCUUAAAAUGUAACUUUUGGCAUUCGACUGUUGUGUUAUUUGCAGAAGGCUGGCUGUUAAUGUCUUCACCUGGCCUUGUUUUCA